AAAAGAGCUAAGAGUUUUUGGUUAAAACCUCGUGAUCUCUAUUAUUAGCUAGGUUUGCUCGUGAGAAAAGAUCUUAAACAUGGCUAACAAAGCUGCAACUUGUCAAGAAAUUAAAGAAAAAGUUUGUGAAGACAGGAUUAGUGUUUUACCUGAUGCGUUACUUGUGCAAAUAUUGUUGCUUCUUCCGAUUAAAGAAGCAGUAGCCACAUCGAUUUUGUCAAAACCAUGGCGUUGCAUCUGGACGUUGAUGCCUAAACUCGUUUGCAAGGAUACCAAGCACACAAACAGCAAAAGCGUCUGGUGGUUUUUUGAACAGUCAUUGCAACUUCACAAGUCACCUAUACUAGAACACCUAGAAGUUAAACUCGGUUCAAGAUGUCCAGCUGACGUAGAUGUCGGAAAACUGAUUUUAAAAGCUGUUGAACGCAACAUUCGAUUGCUAGACUUCAACCUAAAGUGGUCAGCAAAGCCUAUAAGCUUGCCUAAGACACUUUAUACUUGUAAAACGCUCAAGAAAUUGAUUCUCUCAAACAAGAUUCUCAUAGAGCUUCCCUUUGAAGUUUUCCUCCCCUCGCUUAUUAAACUGGAGCUUUUCAAUGUGGCGUAUAAAGACGAGGGUUCACUUAUUAGGCUUUUAUCAAGUUGUCCUGUUCUCAAAACUUUGAUUGUGGUCCGAGAGAAGAAUGACAAUGUGAUCAAGUUCAGUGUGAAAGUGCCUUCUUUAAAUAGUUUAGUUUAUAUUAAUAAUAAUGAUGACGAUGGAGUAUGUGGUUGUGGUUGUAGUAGUAGUAGUAGUAGUGGGUCUUUGAUUAUAGAUUCCCCACAGUUGAAGUAUCUUCGCGUCAAUGAUUUUUCUGAAGAUGGUUGCUCGAUAGAGAGUAUGAGUCCUAACCUUACCAUGGCCAGAGUAGACGUUGGUUCUCCCCCUAAUGAAAAUUUCUUGACAUAUCUUUCUUCUGUCAAGUUUCUCCAUAUGACUUGGAUCGAUGAAACGGAAGUAUUCUGUAGUUGCGUCAACUACUCUCAACUGAUAGAGUGUAUGCUACGUCCAUGUCGCGCGGAAUAUUGGGUAGAAUCAGUUAUGCUGUUGCUUGACAACUCUCCUAAUCUUAAAGUUCUUAUGAUCGACACUAAGGGCAUAGGUGAAUCCGAUGAUCUCCGUCGUUGGAGUUAUGUUCCAGAGUGCUUGUCGUCUCAACUCGAGAUUUUGGAAUGGAAAAAAUAUGGAGGGACGAGAGACGAGAAGCAGCUCUUGGAGUAUAUCCUUGCAAGCUCCAAGUGUUUGAAGAGAGCAGGAAUCUCCAUGAGGUAUAGCAAGGACUGCAAUGAUAAAAUGAAAAAGAAGUUGAGGAAAGAGUUAAAAUCCAUGCCUAGGGCUUCAGUAUCUUCUGAGCUUUUGUUUCCUGCUAAAUUUAAAUGGAGAUCAUCAGUGGCACAACAUUGUCUUUUUGACCUGUUUUAGUUUUACAUUGGUUGACUAGACAAGUGCUUGUGAAUUUUAGUUUUGGUUCGUUAUCUUUCUUUCUUUUUAAUUGAUUUUUGCAGUGACAUUUAGUCCGGUUUUCAACAAAAGUCUUUCUCUUCUUCAAUUCAGCUCAAGAAAAUAUUCCAUAUUCUUUUCUUCAAUUUAACUGCAUAAUCUCAAAUAUAUACCUUACCACAAAAAGAAAAGAUUUUAUAUCAGUUUGCAAAAAAAAUAUAUAUAUAUAUAUAUUUUAAGUAGAGGCAGAGAGAGUUUAUAUAGAUAGAGAAGAGAGUGUACUACAGAGAUUUAGCUUUUUAAAGAGUGUAGCAGAAACACAAUAGUUGUUCCAUCAUCAUCAUAACAAGAAGAAA